AGCUGAUGGGGCUGCUGUUGUCGUGACACACUCCUGGUGUUUAUAAAGCAUAGCUUGUAUCCCAGUAAUUAGCUUCUGUGGUCACAGAAUGAAUCAGAGCUAGCCUGCAAACCCAGGAACCCUGUCUUGCAACCUAAACCGUGUCUGAUUCUUCCUCUGUGCCUUCUUUCCCUGCCAGAGUUAUCACUUCUUCCCUUUCCCCCCUUCCCACGAUCUGUUGCUCCUCUCAAACUGAUCUCUCUGUUACUGUAGGUCUGCUUGAGCUGAAAGGAUGAACAUUGGCAAUUGGAAGGUCCCCAUCACAAUCCUAACCUUCACCCUAACCUCUGGAGUCUCCGUUGAUGUCGUUGGAGCGGGAUGGUUGGCCACCAGAGCUGCAAUGUCGUCCCUGACGACCUCCACUGAGGGAGAGAACUCCACUCCCAGGUUUGUUGUUGGUUCCAGGGAUGAUGAAACAGACUUUCUGGGAUCAAACAUGAAGACAGAUGAAACUGAUUUCUUUGAAGACGAUGAAGAGGAGGAGUCGCCACCUGAAAGGCAGAUUGUGGUUGGAAUCUGUGCCAUGACCAAAAAGUCCAAGUCAAAGCCCAUGACACAGAUUCUGGAGCGCCUGUGCAAGUUUGAGUACAUCACUGUGGUGAUCAUGGGGGAAGAUGUGAUCCUGAAUGAACCAGUGGAGAACUGGCCCUCUUGUGACUGCCUGAUAUCCUUCCACUCCAAAGGAUUCCCUCUGGAUAAAGCUGUUGCUUAUGCCAAGCUGUGCAAGCCAUUCCUGAUCAAUGACCUCGACAUGCAAUAUUAUAUCCAGGACAGACGUGAAGUGUAUCGAAUCCUUCAAGAGGAGGGAAUAGACUUGCCUCGCUAUGCUGUGCUCAAUCGAGACCCUGACAGACCAGAAGAGUGCAGCUUAGUAGAAGGAGAGGACCACGUGGAGGUAAAUGGAGCUGUUUUCCCAAAGCCAUUUGUGGAGAAGCCAGUCAGUGCAGAAGACCAUAAUGUAUAUAUCUACUACCCAACAUCAGCAGGUGGAGGCAGCCAGCGGCUCUUCCGGAAGAUUGGCAGCCGGAGCAGUGUGUACUCCCCAGAGAGCAGCGUGAGGAAGACUGGCUCCUACAUAUAUGAGGAGUUUAUGCCUACGGAUGGCACUGAUGUGAAGGUGUACACUGUGGGGCCAGACUAUGCCCACGCAGAGGCUCGCAAAUCCCCCGCGCUGGACGGGAAGGUGGAGCGGGACAGUGAGGGGAAGGAGAUCCGCUACCCAGUCAUGCUGACUGCCAUGGAGAAGCUGGUUGCCCGGAAAGUCUGUGUAGCCUUCAAGCAAACCGUGUGUGGCUUUGAUCUCCUGCGGGCAAAUGGCCACUCCUUUGUCUGCGAUGUCAACGGUUUCAGCUUUGUGAAGAACUCUAUGAAGUACUAUGAUGACUGUGCCAAAAUCCUUGGAAAUAUAAUCAUGCGGGAAUUGGCUCCCCAGUUUCAUAUUCCCUGGUCCAUCCCAACAGAGGCAGAAGACAUUCCCAUUGUCCCCACGACUUCAGGAACCAUGAUGGAGCUUCGUUGUGUUAUUGCAGUCAUUCGGCAUGGAGAUCGCACCCCCAAGCAGAAGAUGAAGAUGGAAGUGAAGCAUCCACGGUUCUUUGAGUUAUUUGAGAAAUAUGAUGGCUACAAGACAGGGAAGUUGAAGCUGAAGAAACCAGAGCAGCUACAGGAAGUGCUGGACAUUGCACGGCAGCUUGUGGUGGACCUGGGAACUCAGAGUGACUGUGAGAUUGAGGAGAGGAAAUCCAAACUGGAGCAGCUGAAGAGCGUCUUGGAGAUGUAUGGACAUUUUUCUGGCAUUAACCGUAAGGUUCAACUGACUUAUCUGCCUCAUGGGCAUCCAAAAGCUGCAAGUGAAGAUGAAGAAGCUCGCAGAGAGCCUUCCCCAUCCCUUCUCCUGGUGCUUAAAUGGGGUGGAGAGCUGACACCAGCAGGAAGAGUCCAGGCAGAAGAGCUGGGGCGAGCCUUUCGCUGCAUGUACCCCGGGGGCCAAGGUGAUUAUGCUGGCUUUCCUGGCUGUGGCUUGCUCAGGCUGCACAGCACCUACCGCCAUGAUCUCAAGAUCUAUGCCUCAGACGAGGGACGAGUUCAGAUGACAGCAGCAGCUUUUGCAAAGGGUCUGCUGGCUCUGGAAGGAGAGCUAACCCCCAUCCUGGUGCAAAUGGUGAAAAGUGCCAACAUGAAUGGUCUCCUGGACAGUGACAGUGAUUCCCUUAGCAGCUGUCAACACAGAGUGAAGGCACGACUGCAUGAGAUCAUGCAGAAGGAUGCUGAGUUCUCUGAAGAGGAUUAUGAAAAGCUAGCACCUACAGGCAGUGCUUCUCUGCUCAACUCCAUGACUUUUAUCCAGAACCCAGUGGAGGUCUGUAACCAGGUGUUCACCUUGAUUGAGAAUCUCACUUCCCAGAUACAAAAACGUCUGGAAGACCCCAAAUCUGCAGACCUGCAGCUGUACCACAGUGAGACUUUAGAACUGAUGCUGCAGCGCUGGAGCAAGCUGGAGCGUGACUUCCGGAUGAAGAACGGGCGCUACGACAUCAGCAAGAUCCCGGACAUCUACGACUGCAUCAAGUAUGAUGUGCAGCACAACUGUGCACUGAAACUGGAAGGCACAGCUGAACUCUUCAAACUCUCUAAAGCCCUGGCAGAUGUGAUCAUACCCCAGGAAUAUGGAAUUAAUAAGGAGGAGAAACUGGAGAUUGCUAUUGGCUUUUGUCUUCCUCUCAUUAAAAAGAUCCAGUUGGACCUACAGAGAACCCAUGAAGAUGAGUCUGUCAACAAACUACAUCCCUUGUACUCCAGAGGAGUUCUGUCGCCGGGUCGCCACGUUCGGACGCGGCUCUACUUCACCAGUGAGAGCCACGUACACUCCCUGCUCAGCAUCUUCCGCUACGGGGGGCUCCUGGAUGAGAACAAAGACCAGCAGUGGAAGAGAGCCAUGGACUAUUUGAGUGCUAUCUCAGAGCUGAACUACAUGACCCAGAUUGUUAUCAUGCUCUACGAGGACAACAACAAGGACCCAUCUUCAGAGGAGCGUUUCCACGUGGAGCUGCAUUUCAGCCCUGGUGUGAAGGGCUGUGAGGAGGACAGGAAUGUGCCCACAGGGUUUGGCUUUCGGCCAGCCUCUGCAGAGAACGAGGACAAGAAACCAGACCAAGGAAGCCUGGAGGACCUAUCCAAAGAGAAGGGCAUGGAAGAGCCAGACCGUGCCCAGCAAAGGUCCCCGCAGCCGUCGGAGCCUGUCAGCAUUCAGCGCAGAUCUCCACUGAUCAGGAACCGGAAGACAGGUUCCAUGGAGGUACUCUCUGAGUCUUCUUCCAAAUCGGGAGGCUACCGACUCUUCAGCAGCUACUCCAGACAGUCUUCUGAGAUGAAGCAGAGUGGCCUAGGGUCACAAUGCACCGGGCUGUUUAGCACCACUGUGCUGGGAGGCUCCUCCAGUGCCCCCAACCUCCAGGACUACGCACGCAGCCAUGGCAAAAAGUUUGCCAGCAGCCUGACAUACAAAGACGAGCUCUUGUCUAUGCCAGCCGUAAAACGAUUUUCUGUGUCGUUUGCAAAGCAUCCGACUAAUGAUGUGCUUGAGCACCACCAGGUUGCCCAGUUGCUGCGCCGUUUUUCCUCUGACUAUUCCACGAGCCGGAACGUCUGCCUGGAUGCCACUCUAGCCCAUCACCUCCAGCACUGCUCCUACCACCUGCGUCUCUUCAGGAGCUGGCUGAUCUCAGGGCAGGAGGACUUGGAGUUUCUUUACGGUUUUGAAGGCUGCUCCAUGGUUCCCACCAUUUAUCCCCUGGAGACCCUGCACAACUCCCUGUCUUUGCGACAGGUCAACGAGUUCCUGACGGCUGUGUGCAAGAGCUGCAGCGACUCACACGUCCAGUCCACUGCAGCUUUGUUUGAUUCAAUGAUUGGCAGCCAGAUACCAGGAGACCCCUUUAUGUCCCAGCGAAUCCUGUCUUCAUCCUCUCUGCCACUGCGCCAGCGUUCAGAUAAGCCCCCGUGGUACAGCAGUGGCCCAUCCAGUACUGUCUCCAGUGCAGGCCCAUCCUCCCCAACCUCUGUGGACAACUGCGCUCGCUUCAACUUUACUGAGAAAUUUUCCAUCAGUCCCCCCAAAAGUGAGGAGCAGCUGGCUGGCCAGUCCCCUGAGGAAGAGGAGAGACAGGCUUCAGGUGUGGGAGAGGGCACAUCUGAGCUGCUGGUGGUGGCAGACCCAAAUGCCCCAGACACCCUCACCUGGAGUAAAGACCCAGAGCCAGGCAAGGUCCUGGAGCUGGCAGAGGAGGACGCUAACCCAGAGGAGAACACAGUGCAACUGAAUGAAAAAGAAUCAGCUAGGGAAAUGUUGGAGCCAAGUAACACAGGGAACCCAAAGUGUGGUGUGAGGUCUGAUAGAAGGCUGGCUGGGGAGACUGUGCAGCCAGAUGAAGGGUAUGUUGCAGGGACGCCUGGCCUGGACCAGCCAGGGCUGUCCAAGGAGAUUCCCUGUGAAGAGGAGCUACUGAGAGAAGCAUUGGACCCAGAGCACAAGGUCAGGGAGCUGCUGGAGGACAAUGCUGUGUCAGGCCAGCUUCCGUCUGGUCACCUGUGCCAGGUGCAGCCACUGUCUCCUGAGAAGAGCAAGGAGCUACAGCCGCUAUGCCAGGAGGAUCAGCAGAACUAGUGGCUCACCGGACAGCACACUGCAAGCGCUUCUAGCCUGGAGGCAGCCCAGCUUCUUGCACAGUACCUCCUACAGCUGGCUGUCCACAGCACAGAACAAGCCAUGUCCCAAGACCUGGGCUCUGGGGCAUGGAAGAGCUUGCUUUGCUCCUCCCCAAGCCAGCUCUCUGCCGUUUGGCAGGAGAUCACACCCAUCUGCCUCAUUCAGUGAACACCACAUGCAGACUUGGGACUGGCAUGGCACCUCCAUGGAGCAGGUACAUGGGGCUGCACUGGUGUCCCAAAGGGCCUGUGCUCAGUGGGACAGCAGUUACAAGGAUUGGUGCAGACAAGGCUUUUGGGGUGGUAAGUCCAAAGGGGACAGAUGCUCCCUUGAGAUCUUUUGGCCCAUAGCCUUCAGAGAAAGGCAUUCUGGGCCCAGAGUAAUCAGAUCCGUCACAACCACCAACCUCCUCUCUGUUCCUUCCUUCUUCUUUUCAACUCCUAUCACUGGCCACCAAAAGCAGGUCCAGAGAGUCUGUGGCAGAAAGACUAGAAGCUGAAAGCUUUCUGAGUUAGUGUGGGAAGGACAGAAAUGAGAGGGUUCGAUUCAAGACUGCCACUGGCAAGAAAAUGUCACUUUGGCAAGGACUUGAUUUUUUUUCCUGCUGGGCUGGGACAGGCAGCUGGGAACCUGGAGGUCCAGCCCGAGAGAGGUGGGCAGGGAGGACACACACGGGUUUUUUUCUAGUCCCCAAGGGUCAGGCAGGGUACAGCUCUGAAGUCUUGGCGACAGAAAUGAAAAGAAACUGCUAUUCGAACAAAUCAGGAUUAAUAGAAAACCAAUAAGGAGAGAUCUUUAUUAUAUAUAAAAUGAAAAGUAUUUAAAACAUAUUUAUGUAAAGGACUUGUGAGCACAAGCCUGAGGGCACGACCACUGCGGGUGUCCCUGCCGCGCCCCGCAUGCCGGCCAGGGCCGUGCCCCCUGCGCCUCUGUCUAUGGACAAGUCUGCGUGUCUGUCUUAGCUAGGAUCUGUGUUGUUGUGAAGCUGUGCCCAAAGAUCUCCAUGCUGUGUUGUGAUGAUGUGUUCACAGUAAACCUACGCUGUGGCUCUGC